AUGCACAACUUAUCCUUAAUAUUUUCAUCCACUAUAUUUUGACUUUUAUUAAUUCUUAUUUAUCCUCUAUUAGACACUUUAAAACCUCGACUACCAUCAGACUGAUCCCGCAAAAAAGUCAAAACAGCUGUAAAAUUUACAUUUUUUACAGCAUUAUUCCCCUUAAUACUUUUCAUUGACCAGGGCCUGGAAACAAUUAUCACUACAUGAGCAUGGACCGACACACUAUUUAACAUUAAUCUAAGUUUUAAAUUUGAUUCUUACUCUUCAAUCUUUUUGCCCAUCGCCCUUUAUGUAACUUGAUCAAUCUUAGAAUUUGCUCUAUGAUACAUGCACUCAGAUGCAUAUAUUAAUAAAUUCUUUAAAAACCUUUUAAUUUUUUUAAUCGCCAUAAUUGUUCUUGUAACUGCUAAUAAUCUGUUUCAACUUUUUAUUGGUUGAGAAGGUGUAGGAAUUAUGUCAUUUAUCUUAAUUGGGUGAUGAUAUGGCCGAGCUGAUGCCAACACAGCUGCUCUGCAAGCAGUGAUUUACAACCGAGUGGGAGAUAUCGGCUUAAUUCUAGCUAUGGCUUGAAUAGCAAUAAACCUUACCUCAUGAGAAAUUCAUCAAAUCUUCAUAACCUCACAACUAACAACCUCAACGCUCCCACUCUUGGGUCUAAUCCUUGCUGCAACCGGCAAAUCAGCCCAGUUUGGGCUUCACCCUUGAUUACCCUCAGCCAUAGAAGGACCUACCCCUGUUUCAGCAUUGCUUCACUCAAGUACUAUAGUCGUUGCUGGUGUAUUUUUAUUAAUUCGGUUUAGCCCUCUAAUAGAUAAUGACCCAAUUGCUCUUUCUACAUGUCUCUGUCUAGGGUCUAUUACAGCACUAUUUGCCGCUAUCUGUGCCCUCACACAAAAUGACAUUAAAAAAAUUAUUGCAUUCUCCACUUCAAGCCAACUAGGCUUAAUAAUAGUUACCGUCGGCCUGAACCAACCUCAAUUAGCCUUCAUUCACAUCUGCACUCACGCCUUUUUUAAAGCUAUAUUGUUUUUGUGUUCAGGAUCCAUUAUUCACGCUAUAAAAGAUGAACAAGAUAUUCGAAAAAUAGGAGGCUUAAACCAUUUACUGCCUGUAACCUCUUCUUGCCUAACAAUCGGCAGCUUAGCCCUAUUAGGUAUACCCUUCUUAGCAGGAUUCUUUUCAAAAGAUGCCAUCAUUGAGGCCAUAAACACAUCACACUUAAACGCCUGAGCCCUAAUCAUUACUCUAAUUGCAACCUCUUUUACUGCAGCCUACAGCUUUCGAAUCGUGUACUACGUUUCAAUAGGGUACCCCCGAUUUAACACCUUGUCUCCCAUUAAUGAAAAUAAUAAUGCUAUCAUCAACCCUUUAAAACGGUUAGCAUGAGGAAGUAUUUUAGCAGGACUUUUAAUUUUUUCUGACACCUUACCUUUCAAAAACCCAAUUCUCACUAUACCCACAAGCAUUAAGAUAGCCGCUAUCUUGGUUACUCUUUUAGGCUUUUUAACUGCUAUAGAAAUAUCCAUCAUAAUAUCUAAACAGCUGAAACUAACCCCUAAACUUACACCCUUUAACUUUUCAAAUAUACUGGGUUACUUCCCGACAGUGAUCCAUCGAGUUUUUACUAAAAUGUCUCUUUUAAUAGGACAACACAUCUCUAAUCAAACAAUUGAUCAAACUUGACUAGAAAAAAUUGGUCCUAAAACAGUCUCUACAAUAAGUAACAAACCCAUCCACCUAGUAGAAAACAUACAGAAAGGUUUAAUUAAAACAUAUUUAUCCAUUUUCUUCAUCUCUACAGUAAUCUUUACCUACCUCUUUUCACUAAACUGGGCGUAG